CUUUAACAGUUCCCAUUAAGAUAUCGAUGGACAGAAGAACCCAUGUAUGCAAUUCCUACGCAUUCUGUGAGGGAAAUCUAAUUGUAUCAGAAACUUUAUAGCAUGAACAUUGAAACAUGUAAAUUAGAUUAGAAUAGAUAUGCGUCUAAUAAUUAGCCUCGGAAUAUUAUUGUCUUUCAAAACAAAUGUCAUAGCUACAAUAAUAGAAGACAAAUUCAUCAAGCAGACACCUGAAACUGGUCACGAUUGUGAAAAUUUUCUUCUGAACAGUUUGACCACUAGAUCAAAACUUUCAUGUGCAGAAAAAUGCUCAUCUCGAAAGGAAGAGUGUUUUUCGUUUUCACACAAUUUACAAACAAGAAAGUGCCGACUGUUCAGUGACGUAAUUUCGGAUGUAACAAAUUGUUCCAGUUCGCCGAAUACAUUUUUUUACAAGCGCAGAGUAAACAAUAAAUUAUGGCCAAUAGGAUCCUUUGGUCUGAUGGGAACUACAAGCGGAUGUCCGGUUCCUACGUGGAAAACAGGCCAAAUCACACAAGACACCGAAGGAAAUAAUGUUCUAUCAGUUAUAACAAAUGCAGUCCAUUUGAAAGGAACAAUUACCACUUCUGAAAUAACGACAGAAUUCUGUAUGAAACAAGGGGAAGCUGUAGCAGAACAACCUCCAUGGCCCAGGGGAUCAUAUUGUAUACUAAAAUCUGGAGACUGUCCUUUGGGAUUUUCCGCUGGAUACAUAACUUGGGACGACGAAGAUGUGACGAACAGUAAUUCAGCUGUUGGAGACUUACCAGAUGGUGAAUUCACCGUUGAUCAUACCACGAUCUUCUACUGUUGCAGAAACGACAGUUCAACAACAUCUCCAAUGGUAUUGCCUACAGCGGCCCCGUUUGUACUGUUAAAGAAAGGAACGACAUGCCAAGUCGUGAAUGGUAUGACUGUUGUCGAGGAAUGGGUUUUCUGGGAGACAGAAGGUAUUAAUAACAAUGAUGCAUUUGGUGGAUCGUACCCAAGUAUGGAAAGAAUCACACCAGAUAUAGGAAUCAAGCUUUUCUUUUGUUACUACAGCUAAAAACUGGCGGGAUGUAGAAAAUCAUUCG